AUGACAUCAUAUCCACCUCGAGCGCCUGAGAAUGGUUUGAAGUUCACUUCCAUAACCCAUAGUUGUCCGUAUCCCUACAUUGAGGAAACAGCCCAUGUCGGUCACAAAGUCUUGAUCACGGGUGGGACACGAGGCAUUGGCCGAUGCAUUGCCGUAGCCUUUGCAAAAGCCGGAGCCGCAGCGAUUGCAGUCGCGGAUAUAUCUGAAGACUUCGACAAGCUGGCUCAUGACAUGAUCCAGGCAGCUCAGGGCAAUGGCUUUGACCCUCCCCAGAUUGUUUUGCACAAGCUUGAUGUCACGAAUGAGGAGAGCGUCCGUACCUGUGCCGGACUUAUUCGGGAGGAAUUUGGUGGUAAACUUGAUGUCCUUGUCAAUAAUGCCGGAUUCAUGACCCCCGCUAUGAGUCUCCCUGAAUCGGAUGCAGAGACUUGGUGGAAGACAAUUGAAGUCAACCUCAAGGGUCCGUACUUGAUGAGCAAGUACUUUGUCCCUCUGAUUUCGGCGGCAGUUGGUGGGCCACAAACCAUCCUCAAUAUCAACAGCGUUGCAGCGCAUAAUUUGCGACACAUGGCCAGCGCCUACGGAACAAGCAAGUUUGCUGUCCUCAAGCUGACCGAGUUCCUAUUGGUGGAGGCGGCAGAAAGAGGACUCGUAGCCUAUAGCGUCCAUCCAGGUGCCGUCUUAACAGAGCUCGCCGAGAAAGGAAUGCCUGCAGAUACUUUGGCCGGCUUGACUGACAAUCCUGAAUUGGCGGCUUCGACUGUUGUGUGGUUGUCUGGCGAGAGGCGUGAAUGGUUGUCGGGUAGAUAUCUCAGCGCUACGUGGGACAUGGAGGAGGUUGUUGCUAGAAGAGAGGAGAUUAUUAAAGAUGACAAACUGAAGGUCAGACUCGUCGUCUAA